UAUGACCUUUACCAUCCCCAUCUUUCUUUCCAGGACUUGUUGGACAUGUUGUAACAAACGAUUUUUUAGGUUUUGAAAAGAAUUCAUUGUUAUUAACCUCGCUAAUGUUCAUUUCAACCAAUUUAAACACUUUUUCGACAUUCUGGAUUUUCACAUUCUGAAGUGGAUACUCGAAAUCGGAAUAAAGUUUGUCUGUUCCAACCAUAGUGUAUACCACCAUGAUCGGAUCGUCAUUCGCACUCUUCUCCGAUUUCGGUAUGUAUUGAUCUAAGAAAUUCCCUUCAUCUUCAGAAUCACUAACAACCUUCUCAGAUUGAGUCUUUUCAGAUUUCUCACUCUCCUCAUCCAACACCUGAUCGACAACUGUUUUGAUAACCUGAGAUUCGUUGUCGGUAUCGGAUGGGGAAAAUGUGACAUCUAUGCUUUCGGGCAAAUCAUCCUCUAUCGAUCUCAAUUUGAGAUUUAAUGCAGCUUCCACCCCAUCUGGAUAUUUCUGUGUGUAAUGAUUCCACAUUGGGGGUGGAACGCUCUUAAAGACAGGUGCAACAUAACACACCCAAUUUUACAUAUUAACCCCCUAUACAUUCAUAAUUAACACAUCUAGACCCUAUACAUUGAUCAACUAAGACUAAGACGCAUGCUCGGUCAAUUUGGAUUUCUUGCCAAGGUUUUUUCAAUAUUCGAGGAUUUGGGUAUAUCGGUGGAUGUUGUCGCUACGAGUGAAGUUAGCAUUUCGUUAACUUUAGAUCCUUCGAAGCUUUGGAGCAGGGAGUUGAUUCAGCAGGAACUUGAUCAUGUUGUAGAAGAGCGUGAAAAAAUCGCUAAAGUGAAUCUUCUUCAACACAGAUCGAUUAUUUCACUGAUCGGGAAUGUUCAGAGGUCGUCACUUGUAUUAGAGAAGGCGUUCCAUGUUCUUCGUGAGAAUGGAGUGAAUGUUUAGAUGAUAUCGCAAGGAGCAUCAAAGGUGAAUAUAUCACUCAUAGUAAAUGAUGAUGAAGCGGAAAGAUGUGUGAGAGCUCUGCAUUCGGCAUAGAUUGAGAUGCCUAGAUUGAGAUGGACUCCAGAACUUCAUCACGCGUUUGUUCGUGUUAUGAAACGACUCGGUGGUCAAGAAAGAGCAACCCCUUUGAAGGAGUUGAAUGAGAUGAACAAACGUUUGAAGGAGAUGGAGGAAGAAGCUGCCGCUCUUCGCGAGAUGCAAGCCAAAGUUGAGAAAGAAAUGGGUGUUCAAGAUUGUGGUCAUAACGAUGGAGAUGUUGAUGAGUAUAUUUUUACGGAAGCUUUUAUCUGACCUGGAGGCCUAUCAACAAUUCUUGCUAUCAAUUGAUCCUGUGAGAACUCAGAACAAUGUAAGCACUAAAUUAUUUUUCACAUACAAUAAAACAGCGGUUGAGACCACUGUUCGGUUAAAACAGCGGUUGAGACCACUGUUCGGUUAAAACAGCGGUUGAGACGACUGUUCGGUUAAAACAGCGGUUGAGACCACUGUUCGG